GCAGAGGCCCAGGAAGUGACGGCCCCACCCGCGGACUUCUGCAGUCGGUGAAAUCCCCAUUUCCAGCUCUCUGUUUGCUGUGUUCCUGGGUCCUGGGCGAUGGAGAACGGAGCUGUGUACAGGCCCACCACGGAGGUACACCCAGGCACUGCCAGGGACACCCGGAGCAGCCUCGCAGCCUGCUGCUUCCUGGGCCGGCUCAAGUGGCCCCGGCGAACGCUCAAAAUCUUGCAGGUGUUGCUGUCUCUGCUGGCCUUUGUCUGUGAAGAAGUUGUAUCACAAUGCACUUUGUGUGGAGGACUUUACUUCUUUGAAUUUGUAAGUUGCAGUGCCUUUCUUCUGAGCCUCCUGAUGCUGGUUGUGUACUUCACUCCAGUUUAUGACAGAGUCGAUGCCGUAAAAGUCAAGUUAUCGGACUUUUAUAUUACUGUGGCGAUAGCAUGUUUGUUUUUGAUGGCGUCCAUCAUUUUCGUUUCUACACAUGACAAGACUUCAGCUGAAGUGGCUGCAAUUGUGUUCGGAUUUCUAGCAAGUUUUAUGUUCCUGGGUGACUUUUUCAUUAUGCUCUAUGAAAAACGACAGGAGUCGCAGCUGACAAAACCUGAGACUGCCGUUGGGACAGCGGCCCUCACUGAACCACUUAAUGCUUAAAGACUCUAGGGAGCAGGUGUUACGUAAGAUAGCGACUGCGUGGUACCUGAGCCCUGGCAGAAGCUCUUGUACAAUGUGUGUAACCGUUAAACCACUUCUUUUGAAGAGCAAGGGGAAGGGCAGGACUGUGUAUCAGUCACCACAGAUUAAGUUGGAGGGUUUUUGUUUUUUAAUUUUUUUUUUUAUAACGGUUGAAACUUGUGUCAAAUGAAGUGGUUUCUUUUCUUUUUUUUUUAAUUUUUUUUUUUUUUUGGAGGUGAGGGCAAUUGUUUCUUUAAAUCACAGCUCAACCGAUGAUAAAUUAGUCUGUCACUGUUACUAGACUUAGCUUUCAAACUGUGCUUUAUACACUGCGUGAUUAAUAAGUUCAGCUAUUUAGAAAUUGUUUCAUUUUUACUGUAAUUAACAAUGAGAUUUUUUUAUUAGAUAAAAUUUAAUGUGUAUUUAAAUUUUUAAAUUCAAUAUUUAAAAUGUUCGUCUAGGUUUUUUCCAUAAAAUAUAAUAAUACCCAGGUUUCACUAUAUCUCACUCAGCCUUAAAAUUAUAUUGUAACAAUUUGGGAUAAUUAUUAUUAAUUCUUUUGUAACCUAAUAGAAAAUGUAUGGGAGAUUUUGCUAUUUUAUGUAUAUAAAAGCAGCAA